AUGAACUUUGCUCAUUUUUUGAUAAUCUUAUGGCAGCGCUCUCUUGCCACUGAUCUUCAGAACCUUUCAAUGGAACUUCGUAAGAAACAGUCAACUUACUUGCAGCGCCUUCGGCAGCAGAAAGAGGGUCCUGAUGGGAUGGACCUAGAAAUGAACUUAAAUAGAAACCAUUCUAGGAUGGAGGAUGACGAAUUGGAUGAAAUGCAGUGUAGCACACAAUCUAAAGUCGGCGUCCAAUUAAUCUAUUCAGGGAUUUAA